AGCAGUGGGGCGGGUUCAGCUUGGUGAAGUUUAGCAACAACAUGGCUCUUAAGAUGGCGUCUGUCCUGGCCGUGCUGGCCGUGGCCGCCGGCCGGCCGGACCACGGCUACGGCGACUCGGUCGUAGUCGGCGAAGCCCCGGUGUCGCGCACCGUGGAGGUCGUCGACUACGUCAACCCGCACCCCAAGUACGACUUCGACUACGGCGUAAGCGACCCGUACACCGGCGACCGCAAGUCGCACGUGGAGAGUCGCAACGGCGACCGGGUGCGGGGCCAGUACCGGCUGGUCGACGCCGACGGCACCGAGCGCGUCGUCACCUACACCGCCGACGACUACAACGGCUUCCAGGCGGUCGUCGAGAAGCGACCACUGGCGUACGGCGGCGCGGCGGUCGGCCGCUCCGCCGCCGCCGGCGUCUACAACUCGGUGCCCACGGCCGUCUCGUACCAGCAGGUGGCCAAGUCGGAGGGCCCAGACGUGCCCGUGGUGCGCGAAACCAUCCGCACGGCGCCCGUUGUCGCCAAGGUGGCCCCCGUCGUCGCCAAGGUGGCCCCCGUUGUCGCCAAGGUGGCCCCGUACGCGCCCGCCCCUGCGCCUGUCGCCACGUACGCCGCCCCCGUCCCCGCCGCGGCGGCGACGUACGCCGCCGCCCCGCUCCCCGCCGGUCACGUGCGGUACGCGGCGCCCGCCGUCGGUGUCGCCCCUGCUGCCACCUAUGGACGCACUCCCGCCUCCACCUACCGCUCUGGGUACUCUGGGUACCACCGCCGCGCGUCGCCGUACAUUUACAACUACAGCUACUGAUGACGGGGCGGGAACAGGGUAACGAAUGUGCUGGCUGUUUUUCACGGCAGCGAUAUGACCAUCCAGUAUUUUCCAACAUCGUAAUGCUCCUCUGCCACACUCCAAGUGUCGGCCACGACUCUUUUGAUAUGAAUAAAUUGUUGUCAGAAUA